GUGGUGCACCGUGAUGCGUGUGUGAACACCUCCAGCUCGUCGCGUGUGUACCUGAACGACGACCGUGUGCUAUUAACAGAAGCUGGCGUGUACGCUGUGUGUGUCGAUGAUGGUGGUGAUGGAGAGUACACUGCUCCCGCUGCGCUGCCGGUGACGGUGCUGGAGAAACCGUUUGCCUUCAAGAUAACUGCUGACAGAGCCAGGAACACUGCUACGAUUGGUGUUAGUGGCGGUGACUUCGAGUGGCGCAGAGAGCCGUACACGGUGUGCGCUGUGCCACAGGAUGAAACAUGUGAUUCCGUCUCUGCGGGGCCUCGUGUGUGUGAGAAGAGUGAGUUCCCAAAUUCAUUAUCUGUGUCUAUGGAUCUCACCAGCAGGGGAAUGCUUGUUAAGGAUGUGAGGUUCUGCUUCAUCGCAGCCAACGUGACAAUCGGAGGACACACCUACACACAGAUGUUCGAUUUGUCAAAGGAUUCGUCGGAGGAUUAUGGUGAGUCGACCACAGGAAUGUCUGGUGGAGUCAUCGCCGGGAUUGUCAUUGCCGGCAUCGUUUUGUUGAGUGUUCUGGUUGCCGCUGUGGUGUAUGUGUUGCAUCAGCGACGAAAGAACAGAAGGGAGUCACUGGACUCUGGCACACCACCCUCGCCGACGGUGCCUCACCCUGAACAGAAGAAAUCAAAUCCCCUGACAACUGUCGCUGCCGACACUUCCCCGCCCCCGACUGUUCCUCCCCAAGACGAUGGUGCAGCCCAGGUGCCUGUUCUUGAACGAUUAGGCAACACAGUGCAGCGUCACGUGGACCCAAUAAAUAUGCAGGAGGUGAUGGAUGGAGGUUCAGUUUCCUCGGCGGAUUCAAGCGGAAGCUAUUGGACGAAUACAACGAGAAGCAUUAUAUCUUCUAAUUCCGACGA